AUGGCCGGCCAGUUGGACUUCUCUACUUUUCACAAUGUGAUCAACAACGAAUUGACACAAACAUCACAAACCCGACAUGGCAUCAACCCCGCCAACAGUCAACCAAACCCUCCGGUCCCUGUUUCGACCCAGGAUGAUCUUGAUACGGCGGUCAAAGCAGCGCAAGCGGCUUUCAAGGCUUGGUCCAAAACUUCAUUUGAGCAACGUCGAAAGGCCCUAUCUGCGUGGGCAGACGCCAUUGAAGCCAACAUCGGCGGCUUCUCUAAGACCCUGACCAUGGAACAAGGAAAACCCCUGUCGCAAUCUUCCGCCGAGGUCGGCAUGGCAGGUACUUGGAUUCGGGAACUGAGCUCCAUUGAGAUCCCCGACAAUGUCAUUGAAGAGACCGACGAUAGAAAGAUUGUUCAACGCCACACACCUCUCGGCGUGGUAGGCGCAAUUGUGCCUUGGAAUUUCCCUAUCCUUCUGGCUGUCAGCAAGAUCGCUUCGGCUGUUUAUACUGGAAACACAGUGAUCGUGAAGCCAUCUCCAUUUACGCCGUACUGCGACUUGAAGCUGGCUGAACUUGCCAUCCAAUUCUUCCCUCCUGGGGUGGUUCAAAGUCUGAGUGGCGAUGAUACCCUCGGGCCAAUGAUCACUGAACACCCUGACAUUGAUAAAAUCAGCUUUACUGGCUCUAUAAUCACCGGAAAGCGGGUGAUGGCCUCCUGCGCCAAGACGCUCAAGCGUGUGACUCUCGAACUAGGCGGCAAUGACCCAGCCAUCAUCUGCGAGGAUGUUGACAUUGAUGCCAUCAUUCCCAAGAUCGGAAUCCUGUCUUAUCUGUGCAGUGCGCAGAUCUGUAUGAUGAUCAAACGACUCUAUGUGCACGAGAACAUUUACGACGAGUUCUUGGACAAGCUGGUCACUUUCGUCAAGUCCUUGAAAGUUGGCGAUGGCACCGAAGCCGAUACUUUCUUCGGCCCUGUUCAAAACAAGAUGCAAUUCGACAAGGCGAAGGAUCUGUUCAGCACCCUGUCCACCGAGAACCUCAAAGCCGCCCUGUGUGGCUCGAUUGAGAGUUCUUCAGGAUACUACAUCCACCCGACCAUCGUGGAUAACCCCCCAGAGGGAUCUCGGGUAGUACAGGAGGAGGCAUUCGCUCCAAUUUUGCCAGUAUUGAAAUGGUCGGACGAGGAUGAUGUUAUUGAACGCGCCAACGCACUGAAGACUGGGCUCGGCUCUUCGGUGUGGAGUAAAGACUUCGACCGGGCAACCCGUAUCGCCGACCAGCUUCAGUCUGGUAGCGUUUGGGUCAACAGCCAUUUCGAUGUCUCUCCCACGGCACCCAUGGGUGGACACAAGGAGAGUGGAAUGGGUGUGGAAUGGGGUCUGACUGGUCUGCUCGGAUACUGUAAUUCUCAGACCCAGUGGCUUAAAAAGAGUUUUUAG